CUCCGAUUGGCCUGCAUGGGGCGGCCGCGGGGCAUUGUGGGCCCCCGCGCUCCCGCCGCCGCCUUGCAAUGUCUGGCUCCCCGGUGAAGCGGCAGAGGAUGGAGAACGCGCUGGACCAGCUCAAGCAGGUCACCACCGUGGUGGCCGACACGGGCGACUUCCACGCUAUUGACGAGUAUAAGCCGCAGGAUGCUACCACCAACCCUUCCCUGAUCCUGGCCGCUGCUCAGAUGCCGGAGUACCAGGAGCUGGUGGAGGAGGCCAUUGCCUAUGGCAAGAGGCUGGGCGGGUCACAAGAGGAACAGAUUAAAAAUGCUAUCGACAAACUUUUCGUGUUGUUUGGAGUAGAAAUACUGAAGAAGAUUCCCGGCCGCGUAUCCACAGAAGUAGACGCAAGGCUCUCCUUCGAUAAGGACGCCAUGGUGGCCCGGGCCAGGCGCCUCAUAGAGCUCUACAGGGAAGCUGGGAUCAGCAAGGACCGGAUCCUGAUAAAGCUGUCGUCAACCUGGGAGGGGAUUCAGGCUGGAAAGGAGCUGGAGCUGCAGCACGGAGUGCACUGCAACAUGACACUGCUCUUCUCCUUCGCCCAGGCCGUGGCCUGCGCUGAGGCGGGGGUGACACUCAUCUCCCCCUUUGUGGGGCGCAUCCUUGACUGGCAUGUUGCCAACACAGACAAGAAGUCGUACGAGCCCCUGGAGGACCCUGGUGUGAAGAGCGUCACCAAGAUCUACAACUACUACAAGAAAUUUGGCUACCAGACCAUUGUCAUGGGUGCCUCCUUCCGCAACACGGGUGAGAUCAGAGCCCUUGCGGGCUGUGACUUCCUCACCAUCUCGCCCAAGCUCCUCGGAGAGCUGCUCAAGGACAGCACCAAGCUGGUGCCCAUACUCUCGGCCAAGGCAGCCCAGGCCAGCAACCUGGAGAAGGUCCACCUGGACGAGAAGGCCUUCCGCUGGCUGCACAAUGAGGACCAGAUGGCUGUGGAGAAGCUGUCGGAUGGGAUCCGGAAGUUCGCUGCAGACGCUGUGAAGCUGGAGCGGAUGCUGAUGGAGCGGAUGUUCAGCGCGGAGAAUGGAAAGUAGCGGCCCCGAGGCUGGCCUGCAGGGGGCCCGCCGCACUUGCCCGGUGAUGAAUCUUGCAUUUUUUUUUACCAAUUGGAGGAGGGAUGGAUCACAAAUUGAUUUGCCUAACAGAGUAAAGCAGUCACUUUCCUUGUC